AAAUGAAUGCAGCAUGCACAUUACAAAACAUGUACCUUCAUGUUACACAAGUAUGGGAAACAACCUCAAAGUCUAGUUCCUAUUAUGUUUGAUGUGAAAACAGGAGCUUUGGAUUUAAAAUAUCAAAUGUACCUCAGUGUAGUGAACCGUAGUGACCUUUGUUCUAAAGCACUUGUUCUUUACUGCAUGUUUGAAGGUGUGAGGUAACUCUAGAUAAACAAAUAAGCAUUUAUCUGCUUUAGUUACAGCUUCAAGCAUACACUGAUAGCAGUGUGUGGUCUUAAGCCAUUCAUUAACUGUAAAUAGAGAAAAAACAGGUUUGACAACCAACAUGUUGUGACCAGAUAUUCCUGUGUCUAGAGACUUCAUUUCCUUUGCUACGACGAUGAGAAACACAGCUUGCACGUUGGUAAUUCUGCUGCUGAGCUUGUCUGAAACGGCUCACAGUGGCAAAGUGUUGGUGCUUCCUGGUGAAUACAGUCACUGGCACAACAUGCGUGUAAUUGUUGAGGAGCUCGUGGACCGGAAUCACAACGUGACCGUUCUGACACACUCUGCUUCACCUACAUUGAAACAUGGCCAAAAAGAGCGGUUCAACUUCAUGUCUUUUCAAGUCGACAUAGAUGAAGAGGAGGCGCACGGUUUUUCCGAAAACCUCAUAAAUCUCUGGAUGGAUCAAAACAUCACCGGGUUUCGGAAGCUGGCCGCGAUUUGGGACGUGAUGUCCGGCAUGUUGCGUUAUUUAGAGGUCGUGUGUGAUGGAAUGUUUAAGAAAGAUCUUGUGACUUUACUGAAAGAGUCACACUUCGACGUGCUUCUCUACGACCCCAUGAUGCCGUGUGCGGACUUGCUGGCAGAUGUUCUUGACCUGCCAUUUGUGCUGUCUCUCCGGAUCACUUUUGCAUAUACUCUCGAGCGACUCUGUGGGCAGAUGCCCGCUCCGCCGUCUUAUGUACCUGCGGCCUCCACUCAGGGGCAUCUCACUGAUCACAUGGACUUUACAGAGCGAUUAGAGAACAUGCUACUAUACAUCAUACACACGGCAAUGAUCAAACUUCAGACAAUGUUAAGCUUUGAUAAACAAUUCACCAAAAUUAUGGGCAAACCCACAACACUAUGUGAGACUAUGGGCAAAGCUGACAUCUGGUUAAUCCGAACUUAUUGGGACUUUGAAUUUCCACGGCCGCUCCUCCCAAACUUCAAAUUUGUCGGUGGAUUACACUGCAAACCUGCAAAACCUCUACCAAAAGAGAUGGAGGACUUUGUCCAGAGCUCAGGAGAUGAUGGGAUUGUAGUGUUUUCACUAGGCUUCAUGAUAAAAAACAUCACCAAAGAGAGAGCGAACACCAUCGCUUCAGCACUCGGACAGAUUCCCCAAAAGGUCUUGUGGCGAUACACUGGCGAGAAACCAGAAACUCUUGCUCCUAAUACAAGAGUCUAUGACUGGAUUCCUCAGAAUGAUUUACUAGGACAUCCUAAAACCAAGGCCUUCAUCACCCAUGGAGGGACUAACGGUAUAUAUGAAGCUAUUUAUCAUGGAGUUCCCAUGGUGGGUCUGCCACUGUUUGCUGAUCAGCCUGACAAUGUAAAUCACAUGAAAACCAAAGGAGCUGCUGUGAUGCUUGACUUCAACAAAAUGAAUACUGAGGACUUGAAGCAGGCUCUCAAUGACGUCAUUAACAAUCCAUCCUACAAGGAGAGCAUUAUGAGGCUAUCCCGAAUCCAUCAUGACCAACCGAUGAAGCCACUAGACCAGGCUGUAUACUGGAUCGAGUAUGUGAUGCGCCAUAAGGGAGCCAAGCACCUGAGGGUUGAAGCCCAUAACCUCACGUGGUAUCAGUACCACUGCUUGGACGUUGCUGCCUUUCUGCUUUCUGUAAUUGCACUAGUCGUGUUCAUCUUUGUGAAAACGUGCAAAUGGCUCUUCCGGAAAUGUUGCAGAAAGACAGCAGCAAAGAGCAAGAAAGAGUGAGGCAUGUGUAGAUGAACGUGUCAAUAAUUACUGUGACAUACAUUUUAGGAAUAAGGCACUGCAUUAAAUGUACACUGUACAAUCCAGAGUUUUUCUCUAUUUAAAUAGUACAGCAAUUAUGUCCAGAUUCACUUUUUCCAACACACUUGAGAACAAAGCAAUUAAACUGGUAUUUUUUUAAUCCGUAUCAGUAUAGUGUAUAGUAUGUAUAAUGUGGUUUGCUUUUUAAAUAAAGAUUGAAAAUAAAGAUUUUUUCAUUGAAUUGCUGAUAAAG